UCAGCUCUUAGAUUUGACUUUAUUACAACACGAAGUAAAACAGAACACCACAGAAUCCAAAUCCAUUCCAGUUUACACAAGAAGAAGAUAAUCCCUACACCAUGAGACCAAAAACAUCCUCCUCUCAGAUCUCUCUCUUUCUCUAGAAUUAUGCAUGGAAUCUCUCUCUUUCUUUUCUCUUUCACCUCCCUUUUAUCGGAUUGCUCAAUCAAAAUCAUUCACACCCAUUUACAGAUUCAGUAAACAUAACCAAUUCGAGGUUCACUUCUUCUCUGUUUCCCAAAUUUGUUUCCCAAAUCUCAGUAUUAAGAAGAAAAGUGGGAGUGGGUUUGUUGUAAGAGCUGCUAAUCGUGGUGGUAAUAGUGAAUCUCCAUAUGAUGUAUUAGGUGUUUCACCUUCUGCAACUCCUGGUGAAAUCAAGAAAGCUUAUCGAAAACUUGCACUCAAAUUCCAUCCUGAUGUUAAUAAACAGGCAAAUGCGCAAGAGAAAUUCAUGAGGAUUAAACAUGCGUAUAAUACGUUGUUGAACUCAGAAUCACGGCGUAAGUAUGAUUACGGAAGAGGAGAAACUGGUGGUUAUUCAGCUUCGAAGAAUCGAAACAGGAAAGGACAAGAGGAGGAGUUUUAUGGGUUUGGUGAUGUUUUGAGGGAUGUACAAAUAACAGUAGGGGACUUCUUUAGGGACCUUCAGGUGGAGUUUCAAAACUGGGAAGCAAGCGCGGCAUCACAAGGGAAGCCCAAGAGCUUGUGGGAAGAGUUAGCAGACAUUGGUGAAGAAUUUGUGGAGUUUCUAGAGAAAGAGCUGAACAUAACAGAUGCUAAUGUCGAAGAUGGAAACAACACAAAGACUGCAGAAGGCAAAGCACGUGAAAGUACUGGGUCACAGAGAGCGGGAGCUGAUGUUCGGAGUGAUGAGAUUGAAGAUAACAUUGACGAGAUUGAAGCCACUCUUGCGCAGUUGAAAAGGGAAUUAGGACUCUAGUAAAAUCUGUCUUACUGCAGUCAUUUUCACAUGGAACGAGAAAAUGAUUUGUGUAUUAGAGAGGCUACUUACAAGUGCAGUUUUAUCGAUCAAGAAGGUAAUCUAUUGAAGGCAACUCAACUCUCUGCCAAAGCAUCAUCAAACUCGACCAAGUUGCUUGCAGGAAUUUCAUGAAGCUAGCUAGCUUGAUACCGCUUAGCUUCAUGAUAUGGUUAACAUCAGCCAGGGCGGCACAUCAUACCAUGUUCAUAAAAAAGAGGAUUACUUCAGUAGUUCAAUGACACCAAAUGGUGGAAACAAUUUGUAAAUGCUUUGCGUUCAUUCUUUGAAUGUUGUUUUGUGUCUGCUAUUUGGUUUCUUCUGGGGAGUGGUGCAGAGCAAACCUUCCGUAUGUGACAUCUGAAAACUUGUGAAAUUUCGACACGUACUGUUUUCAAAAAUUCC